AUGCCAACAAGUACUUCUCUAUUUAUCUCAGCUAGUAUUAAGAGUGACCUGCUUAAAGGAAAUCAAGUUACAAGAUUUGUUAUAGUUUUGUUAGAUCUCAGCAGAAUAACAAUCAAAAAGUUUUUUAAAAAAAAUGUUUCAUUUGGUGUAUAUGUAACAAUUUAUUACUGGACAAUUUAUGUUUUAUUAUUUAUAGAUGAAGAAAUGAUUUAUGAUAAAAAUGCCAAACCAUCUCUUUCAAGUUUGUUGAGGAGUUUAGUACCUGGUGAUGGAACAAAUUUAAAGCGUAUUUCAGUAUCUAGGGAAAAUAUUCUGGAAGAUAGUAUAAUUCACUUCAAGAAACAUGAUUACAAUUGUUCUUAUCAAGUCCGAGUACGUUUUGAGGGCGAGCCUGCAAUUGACGCUGGAGGACCCAGAAGGGAGUAUUUUACCAUGUUACUGAAAAGUCUUGUAUCAUGUAAAAGUUCUAUCAGGCUUUUUGAAGGAAAAGAAGGCAGGUUACUUCCGAUGAAAAACACUGAUGCCUUACGCGGGCAGCUCUUCAAGAUUGCAGGAAGAAUGAUUAGUACCUCUAUUGUCAAUGGUGGACCCGGUUUUCCAUGUCUAUCGCCCCCUGUUUAUGAAUACCUUGUGAAAGGAUUCACAGAGGAAUUAGUAUCAAUCAUUAACAAAGAUGACAUAUUUGACAUUGAUGCAUCUCAAGCAAUUGAUAAGGUAAUAUAAAUUCUUAUUUUCUGCACUGAAAUUUCAUAGAUUUAAAGUGAUAAUAAAAAAAAAAUCAUUAAAAAAAUUUAAAGAUUGCUUACAUGAGUUUUGUUUGGAUAGUGUUUAGUAGAAUAAUACCUACGAUACAGUUAAACUAUUUUAAAGUUUUUCUAUGUAACUCUUUAUUGUAUUCCUUUUAUUUCUCUGAAUGUGUAUUUAUAAAUAUAAAGUCUGCCAUGCAUAUAACAACCAGUUCACAUGCAAACUGUUCCCAUCUUCGCAAAGUCACGUGUCCACCGCCGGACACUAUACUCUCAGCAUGCCUGCAUGGUGUGUAUCCACACUCAAGAGUAACAUCAGAAACAUCAUAUUCACCUGAGUGCAUAUCCUUUCCUCUCUUUUUAAAAACAGAUUGACCAUGCAAAUGCUGAAACAAUAAAUUCAAUUGCCAUUGAAACUCAGCACCUCUUGGUAGAAGCUGGGUUCCCUCAUACCCUAACUAUUGAGAAUAAAAUGCAGGCUAUAGCCUGCAUGUAUCUUCAUCAUGUAAUAACAGUCCGAAAAAGUGAAAUUGACCAGCUGGCAACUGGACUGGGGCAACUACUUACACUGGCAAGGAAAUAUCCAGAUCUGCUUAGUCCUCUAUUUGUUCACAGUGAUGAUGGUGCGGACACAAUGACACCUGAUGCAUUCAUGGCCAUUGUAAAAAUAGAUGGUGUUAGUCCUAGGGUUGUAGAUUACUUCACACAGUAUGUGCAUGAUGAAGGUAAGUAUGCAUCAGUCUUCCAUUAAAAUUUUAAUUAUGCCCUCAUUGCUAAAUUCGGAGAAAAAAGCAUAGUGGAUUUGCAGUCAGUAUGGUUCAAAUAUAAAAGGUGAGGGAUUUGACUUUUCCAGGGUGUAAUGCAACUCAAUGGGUUAAGGGCGAAUUACAUGAGCUCCCAUAUAAACACUCCAUCUAGGCCAGGCAGUGUGAAAUUUGCCUUUUGAUCAAGCACAAAUGUGUUUAUCUGUACAAAAAUAUGAUGUUUAGACAGUUUUAGACGUUUUGCUAAUUUUUUUUAAACAGCUGAAAGAAUACCCUAUCUCUUGUCGUUUACAACUGCGUGUGAAAAAGUUCCUCCACUUGGAUUUACUGAUCCAGAACAUAUUGCUGUAUCAGAAGAUAGUACGGCAGUUUUCCCAGUGGCAAAUACAUGUGUUAUGGAAUUGCAACUACCGGCCAAGCAUCAGAAUUAUGAAAAAUUCAGAUUUUUUAUGAACCAGGCUUUAAUUAUGGAAAGCACUGGAUUUGGAUUCGCAUGA